UGUCUAAGCGUUGUCUGAAACCUCAGAGGCUGACGGGAAUCAAAUUUCCCUCACGUUUCUUCGAAUAUUUUCCAAAAAUACUCCUCUAGUGCUUUGAAAGCAUGUUUUCGCAGCCGUCCAAGGUUUUGGUUGUGCUAUUUCUCCGCAUCAUGCCGUGUUUGACAGUUCCUUUGAGUGAUUUCUAUCCCUACGGAGUCAGUGAAGGCGACACAGCACUUCCUGCUAAUGACGACGGCAGUUCUGGAGAGAUUUCAAUUUCAACUCUCUUUCCGUACUUCGACCGGAACCACGAUUCUUUAUUUGUGAACACAAAUGGAGUUGUAUCAUUUCUCGUAGGGGUAAGUCAGUACACCCCAGCUCCCUUCCCCUUGGGGGAUGAGCGACGACUUAUUUCUCCAUUCUGGGGUGAUGUAGAUACCAGGAAUGGAGGAACAGUCUCAUACAGGGAGUCCACAGACCCUGUGUUACUACAGCGGGCUACUGUUGAUGUUCGCCGAGCCUUCCUGGCUCUUCAAAAGUUCUCCGCAACGUGGAUUUUUAUAGCGACCUGGGAUAGGGUUGCAUUCUAUGGAGCUAGUGGAAGCGCCAAAAGCAAGGUUAACACCUUUCAAGCAGUACUGGUCACUGAUGGACGCCAUUCAUUUGCCAUCUUCAAUUACAAUGUGAUUGUGUGGACAACUGGAACCGCCAGUGGCACCCCUGCUCAGGGUGGUUUCAACGCAGGAGAUGGUAUCAGGUUUUUUGUUAUUCCUGGCUCAAGAACAAAUGACAUUCUCAACCUUCCCUCGACUUCAAACGUAGCUCGUGCUGGGCAGUGGAUGUUCCGAACUGAUGAAGCUAGUGUAGAGGCUGGAGGGUGUGAUUCAAGAGAUUCAGGUCCUAAGACUCUGACCCUCUCACCUCGUUCAGGGAUAAUGUUAGGAGGAACGAACGUCAAAAUGAGUGGACCUUGCUUCACUGCAGAUGACAACAUCGUUGUUCAGAUUGAUAAUGAGAUCAACAUAAAUGCUACGUUUGGGAGUGAACUGCAGUCUUCAGUCACUGUACCAGUGCUGAAUAAGACAGGAAGGCUACCAAUCAAACUGUCCAUUGAUGGUGGAAAUUCUUUUGACUAUAUUGGAGUUUACACUUCAGUCCCAAUCAAUCGUUAUACUCCUGGUGUCCAACGAACAGAUGGGGAUUCAUGGGAGGAGGAUUCCUCAGUGGAUAUCAGCUGGAGCCCAGAAAGCAUUGGCAGUCUUGAUGAUGAAGUAUCAAUUGAUUUGGCUCGCUAUAAAAUGGAUGAAGAUGAUGUACCGGUAUUGGAUAGCUUUCAUACGACAGUGGAUUCACAGUUGAAUAAUGGUCACAGCCAGUUUGUUGUUACGACUGGGCAAGGAGAUGGAAACAUAGAGGAUCGCUUUAUUAGUCUUGUUCGUGUGUCAAGGAAGAGCAGUGGUAGUAAUGUUUCUCAGUCACAGUGGGUAUGGAGUGAUGUGUUUGCCUGGAAAAACAUGCCGUGGGCCAAUGAUAGGUGUAGCAAGUGGCAUCUGAAGGAACCCAGCCCAGAUAAAUUGACAGGUGAUUCCAGCCUGCAGCCCUGUCCUAGGAUUUUAACGCAAGCCAUGGCUGAUCGAGGGCGCUUCAUGUCGGAUGAAGAGUGCAAUCCAUCUAAUAGAGAUGGAUGUGCUCGCUACCAUGAAGGAGCUGUUCACUGUUUUAAAAUGGUCAAUCCAAGUGCCAUGGGUGCAGGUCAACAGUGCUGCUAUAACAACUUUGGCAACUUGAUGAUGGGUAAACAUGCCGGAUCUCUUGAUCGAGUUCAUCCUAAUGCUGGUGUCCCUGUGAUAUCCCACUUCUUCCACGACAUUGUACCGUACCAGGACUGCUGCCGAAUGACGAACAACUGUGAGAAGUAUUUUGAAAAGCGGCCGUCAGAUGAUGGAUCACAAUACCAAGCACCGAGACCUGCGACUGGAUUUGGUGACCCACACAUGGUGACGUUGGAUGGUACGCCCUUCACGUUUAACGGUUACGGAGAAUAUUUCAUUUUAAAAGUGAGUGGGGUGGACUUCGCUUUGCAGGGGCGCAUGGAACCUCUCGUAGGGGAUGACGGAUCUUUAUCACGUGCCACUGUUUACACAGCAUUUGCCGCCAAGGAGCAAGGAUCAGAUACUGUACAGAUUCAGUUGAAUGGUCGUGGGUUGGUUGACGUUUUGGUGAAUGGUGAAGCAGUCAUUUUUGACGAGCUCUCCCUUUUGGAGUUCAACGGCGUGUCUGUGUUACAGUAUGUUAACACCUCCAAGUUCUCUGCCAUUUUCAAUUCUGGGAUCUCCGUCACCGUAGAGGGACAACAAGAACUGCUUGGUCUCGUGACUUUGGUACCGACAAUUUUCAAAGGGAAUACAACUGGCCUCCUUGGCUACUGGGAUGACAGUCAAGCCUCAGAAUUCCUUCGACCUGAUGGAACUUUCUUGAGCACAAACUCCAGCCUUGAAGUUAUACACAGGGAUUUUGGACAGCUAUGGGUUACCAGACCAGAAGAGUCUCUGUUUGUCUACCAGCAAGGACAAAGCCACUCCACAUUCCACAAUCCAAGUUACCAGCCAAUUUUUCCUGACAGCCAAAGCUUGGAGUUCACCGAUAAAGCGCUGGAGAAAGAGGCUCAGGACGUCUGUGGAGAAAACUCAGAAUGCUUGUUUGAUAUUUUUACAACUGGAAAAGUGCGCAUCGGAAGAGCCACUAAAGAAACUGUCACUCAGUUUGUCGCGGUGGUAAACGAUACUGUUAAACCAGCUUGUGUGCCCCUGGACUCUCAGCUAGCUGAUGGUGUUGUUCACAGAAAUGACACGAAGGGUGGAAUCGAUUACACGUUUGAGUGCAACAGGGGUUUUGUCGUGAACGGGUCUAAUCAUGUGACAUGCGAAGAUGGAAUUUACAACGGAUCAGCCCCAAACUGUUUGCCUAAAGAGUGUCCGCUUCCUGCUCCAGGUAAUCUCAAUAAUGGUGUUGUCGACGGAGAUGGCAGUGUUUAUCGUUCAACUUAUUAUUUCACCUGUAACGAUGGAUAUGCACUCCACGGCCAUGCUAUAGUCAGCUGCACGGAACAUGGCUCCUGGAACGGCACUACGCCUAGCUGUUUGAAAGAGUGUCCAGUGCUUUCUUCAUCCAUAUCAAAUGGCGACGUCCAUGGUUCAGGUCAUGUCCAAGGCUCGCGUUGGAGGUUUAGCUGUCACCAUGGCUAUGCUCUGGUUGGCCACGACAUUUUACAGUGUACUGAGCAGGGAGUUUGGAAUGCUAGUGUUCCUACAUGUCUGAGAGAGUGUCCCCUCCUUCCUUCAUCCAUUGCAAAUGGCUUUGUCAAUGGAAGGGGCUCGGUGGAGGGAUCACAGUACCAGUUCAGCUGCAAACCGGGAUAUUCACUUGUAGGGACAAACACAUUGUACUGCAGCGACCAGGGAAACUGGAAUGGCUCGGUUCCAAGCUGUCUCAUAGAAUGUCCGCAGCUGUCUUCCUCAAUACCAAAUGGCCAUGCUAAUGGCACAGGCUCGUUACAUGGCGCCCUCUUCGUGUUCAGUUGCCAGCAGGGUUAUUCUCUUAUUGGACAGAAAAAUUUGCUGUGUACUGAAGAUGGAAACUGGAAUGCCAGCGUUCCAAAAUGUCUUAAAGAUUGUCCCAGCCUCCCUUCGUUCAUAUCACAUGGAUUCGGCAACGGGACUGGUUCAGUGGAAGGUUCUCGACAUCGCUUCAGUUGUGACGAAGGAUAUUCACUCGUUGGACAACACACGCUGUACUGUGACAAGGAUGGGUUAUGGAAUGGUUCGGUACCCACAUGUCUCAUAGAAUGUCCACAACUGCCUUCCACAAUACAACACGGUAAUAUUAAGGGUUUAGGUCGCGUGGAAGGCUCGCUACACAGAUUCACUUGCGACGAUGGUUAUUCCCUUGUGGGACAAGAUGUUCUGUAUUGUAAUGAGAUGGGUCAGUGGAACGCCAGUGCUCCUAGAUGUCUCAGAGAGUGUCCCAGUCUACCGUCAGUCAUAGCACAUGGUUUCGUCAAUGGUAGUGGCUCACUGGAAGGUGCUGGUUAUGAGUUCAGCUGUGAAAGAGGUUACUCGCUUAUCGGGGUCAGUCGGGUAGUUUGCACAGAUGCCGGAGUGUGGAAUGGCUCCCUUCCUACUUGUCUAAUAGAAUGUCCAGUCCUUCCUCUGUCUAUACGACAUGGUGACGUCAAUGCUUCGGGAUCAAUACAAGGCUCUGUGUACACAUUCACGUGCAGGCCUGGUUACUCCCUAAUGGGUGAACAAAACUUGUACUGUACUGAAGAAGGAAGGUGGAACGCCAGCGUCCCCAGCUGCCUUAAAGACUGUCCUGUCCUUCCCUCGUCCAUACCAAAUGGCUUCGUAAAUGGAAAUGGCUCCGUGGAAGGAUCUCUGUACCAGUUUAGCUGUAUACAAGGAUAUUCGCUUGUUGGAAGAGAUACACUGUUCUGUAAUCACAAGGGAGCAUGGAGUGGCUCUGUACCAAAAUGCCUAAAAGAUUGCCCCCCUCUGGCUGGUAGCAUUGAUAAUGGUUACAAACAUGGCAGUGGCACAGUGGAAGGCUCUUUGGCUUGGUUUAGCUGUAAGGACGGUUAUUCUCUUGUCGGAAAUCAAUAUUUAUACUGUAACGAGAAAGGACAUUGGAAUGGCACAACGCCAAGUUGCUUGAAAGACUGUCCGCCAAUUAACCUUACCUUCGAACACGGAUUGAUCAGUGGCAAUAGAUCCACAUCAGGUGCAGCUUACAGCUUCUCCUGUGAUGACGGGUACAGUAUCAAUGGGCAAGUCACGUUGAUCUGUAAUGAGUACGGACAGUGGAAUGGCAGCAUCCCCGUGUGCUCAAGAGUCCUUACAGGUAAAAAGGAGACCCGAAAGGCCUGGUACGUCUACGCAGCUUCUGGUGCUGGGAGCCUGUUGUUCCUUCUUAUUCUGGCAAGCCUUUUGGUAUUACUAUGGCGUCGAAGAAGGUCAAGCGAGAAACGCUCGGAAAUCCCGGGCACUGAUGAAACAGAGAUGAAAACGAUGGUGACAUCGCCGAAAAAGACUCAAGUCAAUUGUGAUUACUCGCUUGUCAGUGAAGGCUCUAAAGCCCCACCCACUGUGGUGUGAUACAAAAUCAUCCACAUGCUACUGGAGGUUAAGAAAAGUAGGACAUGUGGUAAUGUGGCUUGUAUGUGGGACGCGGGAAAUCUGGAAGAUCCUGAUGGAGCGGACAUCCGCCAAAAAUUAUUUUAUGCCGACCCCAAGAAGCCUAGCGAAAACAAACGAGUGUGUAGGAGGACAUGGAAAUGAUCACGCGAUUUUGAAUGUGAAACCUUGAGACCUGCAAUUAUUUCACAGUGUAAUUUAUUAAGCUACUAAUUUAAUCUAAGAAAUCUGCACAAAAUGUAUUACUUUAUAUUACCAGUCAGUAUUAUCGCAGCUGGAAGCCACCGUUCAAAAAGAGAAACUUAUGAUAGAAUAGUACUUAAAAGAAAGACCUACAGGGUUUUUAUGCAGGUGUAGAACAUUCGAUCUGUUAAAUUGUGGAUCAGCACGCAAUAGCUUCAUCUAAAGCUCAGUUGGUAGUGGAUUUCCACUGGUAGUUUGGGUUUAAAUGCUGUUGAAAUGUCAGCUGUCAUCCUUGAAGAAGUCUUUUCCGGCGUAAUCCGAAUGUUUAUCAAAUAUUUUCUGUUGAAAAAGAACGUAACCAAAGAUUUCACGCAAUUUUCGAACGAUCAAAGCAGAAACCAGAUCAUACGAAAUAAUAAGACUAACAUGUUCAACUUCUUUCUCAGUAUUAAACGUAAAUCUGUUUGACUUCCUCCGGUUUCACCCACCAAGUAGAAAACACGUUCAGAGUGGGAAACGAUAUCCCUUAUCGCUCAUUAAGGCUUCCUUCGCUUUAGGGAUGACAUGCGUCACUACACUUAGAUAUAGAUCGUAUACCCGGGUUCAUUAAUAGUUUGAUUCCGAUUGGCAAGCGUUCUUGGUCCAAAAAUGAUUAAUUUACCAUUGCUUUCAUUGUGGAGAAGAUAACGCGAUACUCUAUCUGUCAAUGUGCCAAGAAAUACAUUAGCUUUCCAAUAUCAGCCAUUAGUAACUUCAAAUAUAUUAAUAUUAAUUUUUUCUCGAUCUGCUUUGCGAAAAACACCCACACCACCUUCCAAACGUUCUUCAAAGCACAGCUUCAACUUUAUUUAACUUUUUUUAGCUCGAGUUUCAGUCUGGCAAGCAAUGUUCGAAUAACCGCUUACAGUGACUGUCAUCAAUUUUCUGUCAAAACAGUCACUGCCAGAAUCAGUACGCUUUCGAUAGCGUGCGAAUUAAUGUAGACAUUUCAUUUUUUCAGUUGGCUUAUUUGUUUGAUUUUAGACAAUAAAGAUUAAUGUACCUGAGAA